CUUCAAGAGCAGCAGCAUCGAGCCUCCCUCCAGCAGCAGCAGCAGCAACACCACCAACAGCUGCAGCAGCACCAGCAGCAGCAGCAGCAGCAGCAGCAGCAACAGCAACAGCAACUCGCCUAUGCCCUUCUUUGCUGCGUCUAGCACCCUCCUUCCGCUUCGCAGCUAAUACUCAUCUCUUUUACUUGCAGCCACUGCAAUCUAAACAAUGUGAGGGUUUGCUGCAGCAGCAGCAGCAGCAGCAGCAGCUGCAGCAGCAGCAACAACAGCUGGAACACCUGCAGCAGCAGGUGCAGCAGCAGCUGCAGCAACACGAAUCGAGCGGUGCUGCAGUACAAGGGCAGCUUCGUUCACAGCAGCAGCAGCAGCUGCUCUUGGUGUUGCUGCAGCAGCAGCUGCAGCAGCUGCAGCAGACGCGCUGCAGCAGACAUGAAAGCUUACUGCAACAGAGACUGCUGCAUUUGUCUCCUUGCACGCUUAAAGCAGCAACAGAUAGCAACAAAACAGCAGCAGCAGCAGCAGCAGCAGCAAAUGAUUCACCUGCAGCAAGCGACGACAAAACAGCAGUAGCAGCAAACAAAGAAGCAGCAGCAGCAGCAGCAGACUUCCCUCAAACGUUUUUCCCCUUCGGUAGAGGCAUCUGGGCUGCAGCACGCGCAGACAACAGCAGCAACAAGCAGCAACAGCAACAGCAACAGCAGCAGCAGCAGCAGCAGCAGCAGAAGACGGAGGAGGAGGAGCAGCAGCAGCAGCAGCCGCAGCAACAAGAGCAGCAGCCGGAGCAACCGCAGCAGCUACAGCAGCAGCAGCAUGAGACCGAGCAAGAGCAUGAGGAGGAGCAGCUGCAGCAACAGCAGCAGCAACAGCAGCAGCAGCAGCAGCAAGCAGCAGCAGAAGAGCUGCAGCAAGUAGAUAGAUUGCCUUACGAUCGUAUAUGGAGGCCCUGGGUCCCCCGUUAG